AUGGAUAUCAGUCGCGAACGAAAGCGUCUGCCUACCAAGCUAUACCAGCAGGAUAUUGUUCAUCAUGUCGUUCGUCCUCGUUCAUAUGGGAUAGUGUUGAGAUGUUGGCAUGACCCUGAGGAAGUCCCACAAAAUGCAUCAUUUACAGACCCUUUAAUGCGUCCACUUCAACAUGGAGAAGUUGGCGUCUCCUUCAUCUCAGAUGGCGGAGAAAGAGAGAUUCUCCCGGAGUCUGAUCUCAAACUGGUCGAUCGCAGUUUCCAGCCAGGUGAUUACUGCAAACGAAGCGUAGAGGAUGUCUGCUCGGGAGUUGUUGUGGCCGUUAAGGUAAAAGGCCGAUUGGAACAUGCUAUCAGUGGAGAACAAGUUGAAGGCUGGUGGACGGUAGACGACGUCGAGGAUAAGCCUGAUGCUGAAAUAGGCGACUAUGUUAUUUUUGAGGAUUGGAUAGGGCAGGUUAUUGAGGUAUUUGAUGAGUCUAUUGUUGAACUCUCAACCAAGCAACUUGUUCGCCUUCCGGAAUUAGGAUCUCGUUUAAAUGUGGGGGAAAAGGGAAACGACAUUCUACCUCCCCCCGCGAGUGGAAUGCAGAGCUACCUCAGCUACUUCGGGGGUCAAUCGCAAGGUUCUUCCGAUACGGUGAUAGCUGUGAAGCAUAGUGUUUAUGCGGUGGCAUGGCUCGCCGUCAACCAGAAACUUGAUGUGUCUCUGGCUGAAAAAAAGAAGAGACCUCAACGGUUCUGGUCAGGACAGGACAUAGGAAAACUCACUUUGAUUAGGGGUCGUUCCGAUUUUGAGAUGAGAGUCGGUGAUCGCGUACAUCUGAAGAAUGCCACAGGACUUCCCAGCACACAACAUGGCCGAGAAGGGGAAUCAGCUGGCAUUGUUCAUGUGCAAGCAUUUCUUGUGGUAGAAACCGAGACAUCCUUGGACGUGCUGUGGCAGGACGGUGUUCACGAAACUCUCAAAUCCACAGAUGUCAUCCCAUAUCUAAACCCGGACGAAUAUGAUUGCUGGCCCGGCGACCACGUCGUGUGGAAGAGUGAAGAAGAGAAGCGUUCAGCUAUCGUUCAGUCUGUCAAUGCAAAGGAGCGCACCGCCCUCGUACUUUUUCCGGACAGCGGUGCUACAGAGCUAAUUUCUGUACUGGAGUUAGAUCCACAUGGCACUUCAGAUCUGGGAGCCGACCCCCAGUCCGCUUCAGAAGGCUUUGGUGUACGUCGGGGUGAUUUUGUUUUGAUACACCACCAAGAAACAACAAAUGGGUUGGAGAAGCCAAGAGUCCCUCGUAUCGGUGAGUUAGAAGCAUGGGUUCGCGAAGGACCGUUUGCAGAUGGCCAUUUUAUGGGAUGGAGAAAGGAAAUGUACGACAUUGGCACUGAGAUAGCUUCUAAAAGAAGCUCCGGGGCAUUAGUUGAGGAUCCCAUUCAGCGUCCUGCCGACGACGACGCCUUUUCAUGGAUCGGCGAAGUCACUAGUAUCGCCCUGCAGCUGAAUCUUGACGGGACUGUGAUGGUGACACAUCCUAAUUUUUCUGUCAGGCUAUAUCCGCUCGAGCGCCUCACUCGGUUAUACGACGGAAUCGAACAACUCGAAGAUGAUAUAUGGGACGAUGCUUCUGACGAUCAUGGUUCUUGCGAAGAUGAUGAGGUUUGGGCUAUGGAUUUUGAAGACGGCAGGUGGAAAUCAAAACGCGGGGAUGCCAACGAAUCGGAGGAAAUAGAGGAGGAGUUGAAUGAGGAAGAGGCCGAAGACUCCGAUGGAAUGCACCUUGACAAUGAAUCCGCCACAAGUGCACAUUCUGGAAUCAAUUCCUCAAAAGGACUUGAAGUUGCUCCGCUGCAACUGGCUGGGGACGUUGGUUCUCAUGAAUCGGAAGAAUUGACAUGGAAGCGUUUUGACCUCUUGCCAACGGCACCCCCAGAUCACGCAUUUCUUUCAUCUCCUCCUGCACAACCGUCUAAGUCAUUUUCCAGUCGUCUUAUAAGAGAAUAUCGCGUCCUCGCCAGUAGUUUGCCUGAUUCUAUAAUAGUUCGGGCUUACGAAGAUCGCAGUGAUCUUUUGCGUUGUCUUAUCAUUGGACCUGAAAACACGCCUUACGAGGAUGCCCCCUUUGUGAUUGACUGGAUGUUGGAUUCAAACUUUCCUCAUAGUCCUCCUAUCGCUCAUUUUUUGAGUUGGACGAACGGCAACGGACGUGUUAACCCGAACUUGUAUGAAGAAGGAAAGGUCUGCUUAUCCAUUCUUGGCACUUGGGCGGGGGACAGGAAUGAGGUUUGGAACUCGGCUCGAUCCUCGUUGUUGCAAACGUUUGUGUCUAUACAGGGCCUUGUUCUUGUGAAGGAGCCGUGGUUUUGUGAGCCAGCUUAUGAUAAAUUACGGGGUACUGAAGAGGGAAGCGUGAACAGUCGACUGUACAGUGAGAAGGCUUAUGUUCUUUCCAGAGGAUUCGUUCGUCGUGCUCUCGAGAUACCCUUGGGUGGACUUGAGGAAGAAAUCAAUUGGCUGUAUUAUAACAAAGGUCGCCUGGAAAAGGUUCUUAGGGAUGCGCGAAGAUUAAUCGAAAACAGCAAGACGGAUCCGGACAUCUCCGCCGAGGAUAAGGAUAUGGCUGUACCGAGGCUGAGCUCUGGAGGAAUAAUUACCCUGGAACGGACAUUGCACAAAUUACAAAGUAUUGCGGAUUCCCAACCCUCGAAUUAA